UGAGCCACCUGUAGCAUCAAGAUCAAGAUCAGCAUCAAGAUCAAGAUCAAGAUCGACCUGACGCCACAAGAAGAGUAUGUGUGUAACUCCGCUCCUGCUUUUUUGAAGUUUUCUUUUCUUUCGUGGAUCUCGCAAGAAAGCUCAAGCAUCGCCACCAGCAGAGCAUACAGUGCAGUAGACAACGGAUAAGCUGGAUGACGCUGUGGAGGUGAUGCCUCUGGUGGAAACAGUGGUCCUGCCGGGCCCCAACCCCUCAAGCACCAGCUCAGCUUCACCAGGUGACCACAUGGACGCCUCCACCACGGUCACCAAGGGUAUCUGAACACCAUCGCCUGUGCAAGACAAUGGGAGAGCCCACUUGAAUUUGUCCACCAUCAGGAGCAAAUUUUGCUAUGGAUAACCAGGAGGGAGCACCUGUAAUAAGUAGGGCCCUCACCAGGGAUCAAAUCUGUCAUAAUAAUUAUGUUGGCUCUGUAAAAUAAAAAAAGAAGUCAUGUUGAGAAAAGCUCAGCAUUUAUGGUCACGGUUGUUUGGCCGUUAUCUAUGGAUAACUAACACUGUGACUUCUGGUGGUAUGUUGGCCAUUGGUGAUGCCAUUCAGCAGCAGCUAGAGCAUGCCAGGGGUGUGGGCACCAAACAUAAUUAUGAUGUUGAAAGGACCGGCAGAUUAUUUCUGGUCGGGGUGAGUCAGGGACCCCCACACCAUGUCUUCUACAUCUGGCUUGACAAAGUGCUGCCGCAAAAGACUGGGAAAGUGAUUUUAAAAAAAAUCAUGGCAGACCAGUUUCUUGCUGCACCUUUCUUUGCAGUGACCUUCUUCCUUGUAGCUGGACUGCUUGAAGGACACUCAUUUGCUGAAUCCUGGAAGGAAUUUAAGAAGAAAUUUCCUGCAGUUUAUGCUUUUGACUGGUUUCUCUGGCCACCAUCGCAGGCCAUCAACUUUUACUUGGUGCCAGCUCCCUACAGAGUGCUCUACAUAAAUGUUGUUACAGUGAUCUGGGAUGUCUUUCUCUCUUAUAUGAAGCACAAGGACCAGGUGGGAAAAAUCAUGAAAGAUGAAUUUUGACACAACAGUCAAUUAUAAAAUCGUGAUGGAAAUAUGAUGAUUAUACUCAGUGGAGGCAAAUAUUUUAUAGAUAUUCAUAUUCACUUUAAUUUUAGUACAUAUCGAAUAUGUUGUCAAACGGAGAGCAUUUAAGUUAUUUGAAAAAUGUGUGCACUGAAGGUGAUGUAGAUACUUUAUAUUUUUUAGUACUACAUAAUACUAAUUACAUUUUAUAAAGAUGCUUCUUAAAACAAACCUGUAAAUAUUAUUUCCAAUAAUGCAUGAAAUCAAGAAGUUUGUGAUAUUCAGGGGGGGAGAAGAGUUUGGAAAACAAUUAAUACAAGAAAUGUUUGUGUACACUCCUCUCCUAAAUUUCAUGCUUGCUUGGUUCCUUAGUUAUAGUGGAUUACAAAAUUCAGGAUAUUGAAAACACUGAAAAAUUCAUACCUUUAAAUUGAUGGUUAUAUAAUUUUUUGUGAAUAAUGCUUUUGUAAAGACAAAAGCAUGGACAAUACUUUAUUGAGAAGGAGAAAAGGUGAAAAGAAAUUAUAAGAAUAUUAACAUUUCAUGUGGAGCUUCAACCUCUAGUGUAGUGUUCAGUGAUAUUGCUCACAGAGAUAUGUACAUGAAGAAUAAACAGUAUUAGGUAUAUCUAACUGUGAAAGAAAACAACAGUGUGUUGAUCAUGCAAAAAACAUUGUGUAAUGUGGCAUUGGAAUGGAAGUGGGAGAUGAGUAGAUUUGUCAGAUGUUGAUCAUUAUUGGUACAUAUGCAAUUUAUGUAUGUACCAGUGAUAAUCAAUGUAUGACAACUGUACCUAUGUUUUAUUUCAUGUUACCUGUCAAUGCCAUAUUACAUGAUGCUUUUUUUAUAAUCAACACUUUUGUUUUCUUUCAUGGUUAUAUCUAGCUGUCAUUAUUUAUUUUUCAUGUAUUUCAAAUAACAAUGUCACUAAACACUGUACCAGAGGUUGGAGUCCCACAUUUACAAGCAGUGCACCAGACAAAUGACAUUCCAAGCAGUGACCCAAGCCAGACCCAAGUAAAUUAUGACAACACAGAAUUUCUUUUGUAAUUUUAAUGCUAAGAAAACUAUUGUGGAAUGUUGGCUUUUGUUAAUAUUGCUACUGUGAAUCAUAUGUGAAGUAAGGUUUUCCCAUUGGUCAAGGCAGAAAUGAGAGGUGGUGAACUCAGUAUAAUACAUGAGAGACAGUGUAGCAGCAGCUGUUGACUCACUGCAUUAAGUGGGCAAAAUGUUAUGUGGUUAUUAUUACACAGUCAGUGCUACAGGUGUGGAAAAUAUUAUUGGAGUUUUCAAGCAACAUGUGUGACGCCAACAGUAAGUAAACACAACCAAUACUUGUCAAAGCAAUGCAAAACUUGUGGUGAUAAUAUGAAUAACUGAGGAUGGUAAGAAUUUAGGACAAAUUAGGCACCAAACUUUAGGAUCACAAAACUAAGGUUGUGCAAAACCCGAGAGUGUACUUAGGAGAGAUUAGAAAUUAAAAACAUUUCUUUUCAUUGUAUCUACAGAUUGACUUAUGAAGAAAGCCACAUGAAAGAUCAUAUCUUUCUAAGCCAGAAAUAUUACAUAACCAAAUGUUUUCAUUAACAUCAUUUAGAAGUUAUGUACAGGAUAUUGGAAUAUGAAUGAGGAUUGUGGAUAAUGCAGAAAUAGUGGGUAUUGCUAUCUUGACACUGUUACUUUUUAUUAGCUUUUAGGUAUUUAAUAUCUCCAGGAUGAUAACAUGAUUUCAUAUGUAGGUUUUCAGAAAUAAAGUAAGAUGUAAUUCAAGAAGACACAGUAUCAAUUUAGUAAUUAGUAAGUAAGACAUAACAAACUCCAAAUGACAACAGCAUUCAGCUGGAUAAUGCAAGACAUUACUGUGUAGAGCUGUAGGCAUUUUGAUUCACAUACAGUUAAGAUACAGACUCAAUAUUCAAACUUAAUUAGUUCCAAAUGGCUGUUCAAGUAUCAAAAAGUUUGACUAUUGAUAUCUAUAAAUCAGGUAAUUUGUUCCAACCUUUACAAAACCUUAAGUUUACAAAAAUUUCAAUGUAGAUUUUUUAUGGAUUUUAUUUGUACUUACUGUAAGUGAAGACUGAUGAUGGUUAAUGUAGGGAGAGGAGGGUAGGGAGGAGGAGGUUAUUCGUCAGAGGAUGAGCCACCAUCUAUGAAAAUGUCUGGUAACUUGUUUCCUGGAGGGAUUCCUGUAAAUCCACUAGUGGAGGGGGGUGUGGCUCACUAACGCUUGCACUCUCGCUAGGUUUCUUAUUUUCACCACUAAUGGGUCUCUGGUAACAUUGUAAGUUUCUAAAUGAAAAACCACAGACAACGCAGGAGAAUGUUGUUGCUCUCAUGACUGGUGGAAUAACAGGCGGCAGCGGGGAGGGAGAGGCUAGGAGCCUUUGUUUCAAGUAACAGAUAUUUUUUUGAGUACUAAGUCAAACUUGCAUUUAAGUACUGAAAAGUUUGGCUUUAAAGAUGUCUAAGUAUUGAGUCUCCACUGUAUUAUGUAUUAGGAAAGAUGCACACAUAUGGUUAACAAAAUGGUAUUUUAGAAAUUGAAUUAUGACAUUAUCAUCUCAGAUGAAUGGAAAAGUAUCUGUGUGAAAAUUGUCUACACCCACUUCUAGAAUUUGUGCUAUCUGAGUUUUGUGAUCCUAGAGUUUGGCAUUUAAUCCUAAAUUCUUACUGAGUUUCAUGUAUGAUUAUUGCCACGAAUUUCUCUCUGCUUUGAUGAAUAUCAAUUGUGUCUAUCUACUGUCGACAUCACAUAUGCUGCCUCAAGAUUCAUACCCACUGAUGGGUAACAUUUUGGCCACCUAAAACAGUGUGUCCAUAACUAUUGUUACACUAUCUCUCAUGCAUUGCUCUGAGUUCACUGCCACUUAUUACUAACAUCCCACCAUUAAGUCUAUAGCUAUCCUGAUAAAAAAAAAUUAUGAAAGAAAAUCUGCACAGUGGAGACUCAAUACUCAAACAUAAUUCUAGUACCAAGUAUAAAAAGGUUUGACUACUGAUACAUAUAAACCAGGUAAUUUGUUUUAUUUUUAGCAAAACCUUAAUUUUACAAAAAUUUCAAUGUAAGUUUCCUUUACAAUUUUUGUUUGUACUUACUGUAAGUGAAGGCUGGUGAUGGAUAAUGUAGAAGAGGAGGGGAGAAAGGUUGCGAAAGGCUGGUGAUGGAUAAUGUAGAAGAGGAGGGGAGAAAGGUAGGGAGGAAGAGGAUGUUAAAGAGGACAAGUCACCAUCCAUGAAAACAUCUGGUAACUUGUCUCCUGGUGAGAUUCCUGUGAACCCACUAGUGGAGGGCUGUGGCUCACUAACACUUGCAGUCUCACUAGAUUCCUUAUUUUCACCACUAAUAAAACUCAUUGGUGCCAUUGUAAGUUUCUAAAUGAAAAGUACAGACAGAAUACAGGAGAAUGCUGUUGUUCUCACAACUGUGGCUGGACAACUGGCAGCAGCUGGGAGGGAGAGGCCAGGAGCCUUUGUUUACAAUGGUACAACCACAUAUGGGGACAUUUGAGUACCAAGUCCAACUUUUGUGUUCGAGUAUCAAAAAGUUCGACUUCAAAGAUGUUCAAGUAUUGAGUCUUCAUGAUUUACUUGGGUUUGGCUGGUACUGGUAAUGCUGCUUUGAAUUUUACCUCAUCUGUCUGAUGUACUGCUCAUGAGUGAUGGAGAGUUUUGAUUUCUGGUGCAGUGUUCAGUGGCAUUGCUAACUGAAAUAUAUGAAAAGUAAACAAGAAGUCCAUCUAAAUGUUAAAAAAAAAAGUGUUGACUGUACAAAAAGCAUCAUGUAAUUUGGCACAUAGCUUUAUAAAAAUGCAAUAUGAAUAAAUAACACUAUCAGUGAUGAACAAUAAUGAUGAUGAUAAUAUUAAUGAUAAUAAUAACUGAUCAAAAUGCCAUUAAUUUACGUAGUUACCCAAAUCCCUCAAAUCCCCCAUUCUCACACAAUGUUAAGGGGAAUUUAAAGAAAUUGACCGUAACUCCUAUAAAGAUAUACAAAUCCAACACUAUGUACAAUUAUAAGUACAGUUGCCAGGCAUUGAAUUAUCAUCGGUAAAUAUGUAUGUACAGUAUGUAUGAUAAUUAAUUUCGGGCAACUCUACUUACUGAUACAUGUAUAGUGUUGGAUUUGUAUAGGAAUUAAGCUCAAUUUCUUUAGAUUCACCUUAACACAGUGUGAGAAGGGGGAUUUGGGUUACUGGAUAAAUGGGUUAAUUAAUAGCCUUUGAUCGAUUAUUAUUAUCGUUGUUAUUAUUAUUAUCAUUAUUGUAAUUUUUGUCCCUGAUAUUUUCAUUAAUUUAUAUUGCAUUUUUAUAAAGUUCCAUGUCACUCAGUUCACGUCAUUGAAGUGACAUCAGUUGUCUGCUAUCUCUUUGUUAAUAAAUGAGUUGACCUUGA